UUCCCAGCAAGUUGGGCAAUAUGUGCAUCCCCUUAUCACAGCGCUGCCCCGGGACGAGGCACCCUGUCACCAACUCGCGACCCGCAGCCCGGCAGCUUCGUGCCUGACUCCAGUGCCUCAGCUUUUCGGCUCCACAAGCAAGUAACGAGCCCUUGGUCUCCUGCAGAAAAAAAUGCUGUUCAACCCCUGCCUGCUCUGGAAAACACUGUUUUUUGUAAGUUUAGCAGUGCUUCUUGCAGCUUUUACUGAAAUCGGAGCUUUCGCCAGUCCAGAUGAAUGUGAAAGUGCAACCAUAGAUGAUGUGAAUGAGAGUAUUGAGAAAUAUUCAAAAUGCUUUCAUGAAAUGAUGACCAAGGGUGAAAAAGCUUCAAUCAAUUUCCUUGCCUGGAGGCUGCAAGAAGCACUUGAUCUCCUGCGCCCUGUUCAAGAGAAAUUUUGCAAGCAGCUCCCUCCGUGCCCGCUCCCACCAGCCCCUCGCAAUGGCGGGCUGGUGUGUGUCACCAUUGGCAAUGCUCAGUACUGCAAACCCAUGUGCAACAAGGGUUAUGACUUUCAGUUCCUCAGAAGAAGCAGGCUGUAUGAAGUAUGUGGCAAUGCCACCGGGUUCUCCUGGACAACGCAGCUUGUUGGGGGAAAGGCACUGGCUGUUUGUAACCCCUCUGAGAUCGCCAUCAGUGGAGCUGAAUCUGCCUAUUUCCCUACCAACAGCACCUGUUUGCACACACUAGCCUUCACCGAAACUCAGACAGAGCAGCUAAACGUCUUCCUCAAAGAACUUGGUGAGAAAGGCAUUGACGGCUCCAACCGUGACAAGGAAGCUGAUUGUAUCAUUUGCGGUUACUAGCACCAAAAACACUUGUGCCACCAACCAGCCAUCUGCAAUUUGACAUGGGUAUUUCGACAAGAGAAGCAGAGCAAUGAAAUCACUGCUAAGAUGUGUAAACAUAGAGCUUUUAUUUAGUUAAAGGACUAGAGAUCAUAGUCAUAAUCUGGCCUCAGCUCUUGGGUACAGAUAUAUAGGCUAACAGCUCAUGGCAGAGGCGUUUCAAAGAAUGAAGAUCACUUUUACGGCUUAAAUUUGUCUAGCUGGAAUUAAAUAAGAAUUAGAGUUAUUUAAUGGAUGCAGUCAUUAGCUAAACACAAUGAUUGUUAUCAGAAAUCAUCUUCUGUCAGGGGUCAUCUUUACUGAGAAAGGGCUAUACUUUUAGUUGCUUUUACAGUUGCCAGCUAGUCAUGAUUGUUGCUCUGAUGACCAUUAAAGCAAUGCAAGUCACAACAGUUA